CGAGUGAGAAUAUACGUUAUAGAGUGUUAUAUCUUACGCGCUUAAGGGCUUUCUCAGCUUUGAUUGGCUAGUACAGUGGCGGAGAGUUUGACUUAAAUUUGUCCUCGGUAGGUCAUGCCGUGUGCAGGUUUUCGUGGUUGCGGCAUGCGUUGUUUGCAAGCAUGUUUGAUGAAUAUAAAUGUAAAAUAUUGGUAUUCUAACGUUUUAUUUUACUUAUUUUGUGCAUGUACCAGGCUUGGUUUAUCAUACAUUCUGUUUGUUGGCCUAUCGGUUGCUGGCGAUGUCAAGGAAUCCGUGAGUUCGAGGGCUUUUCUCGAUUUUAGGUUAUACAUGUAGCAUUUUAUUGAUGGAUAUUGCGACACAGAUGGAUGCUAAUUGACAACGCCUUUUUAGUUUAUUGCAGGUAGGCAAUGCGGGUGAAAGUACUGCUGACGUCAGUGGAAUUUUCGAUGAAAUUAUGCUGGGAAGGCGUUUCUUUAGUUGGGAGGAAUUUGAGAAUUCCUUAGGAGAAUUUCAACAAUUGUCCUGCACUCACUAUGUGCAUAUUCAAAGCAAAACAACAGGGGAAGACAGAUAUAAGUACGCUUACGUUUAUUUUAAAUGCACUUUUGGCGUGAACCGUGGAAAAGCUGGCCUGAAAUUGCGAAACAAGUCGUAAGAGGAAUUGUAUUAUGAUAAUAUGUAUGUUUAAGGUCUAAAUGUUGCAACUGUCUGUCUGCAUUUCGCGUAAUUUUGCGUUAUAGUGAAUACGUGAUAACAUCCCACAAAAUGGUCCACAACCAUCCAUGCACCAGGGUGUAUAUGCAGAAUGAUCCAUGGUCUAGACGACUGUCAGCGGAAGAGAAAGAAAAUAUAGAACCACUUCUUCACCAAUCACACUCAUCAGAUGAAAUAAUUAUGCAUGUUAAGGAAACAUUCCACAAGGACAUAACUCUUAAUGACGUUAGAAAUCUGAAAGCUUCAGUUAAUAAAGGUAACGUUAAUGUAAAUGUAAACUACUUCAGGUAUAUCGAGCCGUUAUGACAUUUUUGAAUUCCUAAAGUCCCGUGGGAAGUUAUUGGAGUAUUAUGCAGAUGAACCGAUAAGGAAUUCACUGAUGAGAGUCUGUUUUUCUACUUAUGAGCAAAUAGAUUUGUAUAAACGUUUUCCGGAGGUUGUUGGCAUCGAUUCUACAUAUAACACAAAUAAAGGGAAGUAUUCUUUGUUUCAAUUGGUUGUAACGGAUAAUUUUGGUCGUGGGAGACCGGUUCUAUUUGCUUGGACGCGAAAGGAAUUCAAGCGUGAUGUUGUUUGGAUUUUGGACUCGUUUCGUAGCAUAAUGGAAGACACCUCUAAAACAGAAACAUUCAUUAUGGAUUGUGCGCAAGCCGAAAUAGGAGCAGUGAAGUUAACACACAGAGAAGCGCACAUUGUUCUUUGUUCUUUUCAUGUUUGUCGUGCAUUUUGUCGUAAAACGCGGAAUCCCAUUGUUAAGAACUACUUAUGUCGCUUAAUUCAGUGUAAAAGGAGAUCUGAAUUUAACUUCUAUUUCAGAGUUAUAAGCCGAUUGGAUGUUGGUGUCAGUCAGUAUUUACAACGUCGUUGGAUGAGUCGACGACACUUGUGGGCAGCAGCUUUCAGGGAACAUGUACUGACUUUGGGUAAUGAUACCAACAAUCGUGUAGAAAGUUCUCACAAGCAGAUGAAGCGGUACUUGCUUAGAUCAGAUAGUCUGCAUCAAAGCAUGCUGAAGGUUCACAAAUGGUUUCAACUUAGUAAUUCUAGAAUAGAGCAGGAGUCCAUGAUUGCUCAGUCGCGUUCCCUCAAGUAUUCAUGUUCCGAACGCAUAAUACCAAUUUUACGCCACCUGACGCCAUACACUGCGAAGAAAGUGAUCGCUGAUUAUGCGAAGCGACGAUGGACUUCUUUUCAGUUAGAAGGUUUUGAUUAUAUCUUCUUGGAUGACAAUGGGAGACCAGUAGAGGUGGAUCUGCGCGCAUGCACAUGUACUUGUAUGACGUUCCAGACUUGUCGGUAUCCCUGUCGACACUUGCUGAUGGUGCAUUUAAAAAAGGCGUGUUUCACAGUUAAUCAUGUGCUGCAGAACUGUAAACGAUGGACAUGGUCUCGCCAAUCGUACGCAAUUCCAAGCACGUCAGCAAUUGUGCCGCUAAAUCAAUGUGACUUAUACGUAACCAAUAGGAGGCUUAUUAAUGCGGGCCUGACGAGAAUUUGCGACAAAUAUGGACGGAGGUUUGCCGCAGAGUUCGCUGGACAAGUAGUCGCUCAAAUCAACAAUGUUCUUGAUGUGUAAAUUAAAUACUUUCGUAUUACAAUAAUAAUAAACUUUUCGUAUUAA